AUGGGAUCAAACACAGAUAACACCAUCUUUGCCCGCGACAAGGCUUUCUGGGAUAAUUAUCUCAAAGGCCGCCCACGGGCGCCGGACAGCUUCUUCGAGCGCAUCUUCCGCUAUCACGAGCAGAAGGGCGCUCCAUUCGAGACCGCCCACGACGCCGGCGCCGGGAACGGACCGUAUGCCGACAAAUUGCGGUCUCGGUUCCAAAACGUCAUCAUCUCGGACAUCGUCGCGGAAAACGUCCGGCUCGCCCAGGACCGCCUAGGCACCGACGGCUUCCAGUACCGCGUCUCCAAGAUCGAGGAAGCCGACGACAUCCCCCGCGGCAGCGUCGACCUGGUCUUCGCGACCAACGUGCUCCAUUUCGCGGACCAAAACGCAGCACUACAAACCAUCGCCCGGCAGCUCAAGCCCAACGGCACGCUCGUAGUGGCCGGCUUCGGAGCGGCCCGCCUCCGCGACCCGGCCGCGCAGGACAUAUGGGCGCGUAUCAUGCACCAGGGCGGCCGCGCGCUGCUCAAGCACGCCGACAAACCGGACGUCACGCGCAAGAUCAUAGCCCGCAGCUCGGGCUUCUACAAUCUCGCGCCUCUGGACGAGCAGCUCUUCGAGCGGGGCGCGCUGCGCAUCCACCUCAACAUGACCGAUCGCGACGGUCUCACAUCCCUUCUCCCUCCCGAGGAGGAGGGUAAGUCCGGCGAGCCCAACUACACGGGCCCCCACGACAAGGAGGUCUUUGAGGAUGAGGAAGGGUGGAGUGUGCAGACGGAUCUGGACGGUCUCAAGGCGCAUUUUGCGUCGUUUCCCUUCUCGGCGCUGGACCCGGACGCUUAUACCGAGCUGUGGCAAGAGCUGGGAGCGCUGCUGGAGGGCGGCCGCGUCGUGGAGGCUUACUUCCCUGCCAAGGUCAUUCUUGCUACACGAAAUCACACGGCUUGA